CCCGUUGACGCAGGAACAACAUGGAGGUCCGUGAUUUCGAGGGCGCACGUGUGCUGCGGGGCCCUGACUGGGAUCAAGGAGACAGCGAUGGAGGAGAGGGCUACCUGGGCACCGUCACUCAGUCGCUAGGCAACGGCAGAGUGCGUGUAGUGUGGGACAAAGGAGCUGAAACCAUAUGCCGCGCUGGUGGAGAUGAAAAGCACGAUUUGAGACUGUACGAUACAGCUCCCGUGGGUGUCCGACACAAAGGCACAAAGUGUUCAGAAUGUGGAGAGGGUGACAUCUGGAGCAUGUUGUGGAGGUGCCAGCAAUGUGCCGGAUAUGACCUUUGCACCUUCUGCUAUUCCGAGGAUAAACACGAGAUAAGUCACAGCUUUCUUCGCGUAGACAGGACUGGUGAUGUCGGGUGAGUAGUAAGAGAUA